GACCUGAUGGUGCAGCGCCCUGUAUUCCGCCUGGCCAGGAACCUGGCUGAUGCCCACCAGCUGACAGAUGACAAGGCAUAUGUGCCAGGUCGGAGAGUUGCUGAUGCUCCUCAAACAGAAACUGCUUGCUGUGGAGCAGGUCUCACAACAGGCUCCUUGUAUGCCACAGCUGCAAGAGCCAGCAUCCCUGAAAAUCUGCCUGGAGGGAAGCAGGCCCCUGGAACCUGCUCUGCUGCUGGCUCCAGACACAGCUCAGCACCAUGUCCUCUGCAGCAAGGCAUCCCCUGAGAGCCUGGUGGGCUGCUGGGGUGUGGGUGUAGCCUGUGUUACUGCCCCAUCCCCAGCCCUCCUGUGCGGUUUUCCAGGUGACAAACUUCUGGAACCCCUGCGGUACACUCACAUAGCUGCAGCCACCUUUGUGUCAGUUAAAAGAGUGGUGGGGUGCAUCCAGGCCACCAUGUCCCUCUUCUCCCGCUGCAUUGGGAAGGGAAGGAAUGUAGCGCUCAUCCUGAAGGACAUUGGCAUGCUUCUCAUUGAAAGCCCACGAGUGCAAAUGAAAUACUACCGUGACUUUCUGGAAAUGAUGACGGGGAAGGACACUCUGAAAGAAGUUCUGUUGAGGGUCCCAGGGAUGCUGGACUUGGUGAUCCCUCGCACAGCAACUGCAUCGUCCCUGACCUGCUCUGGGCAUGUCAUCAUCUUUCCAGAGUUUGAACUGGAGAGUGUCCAUGGCACACUGCUCAGGGACUACCACAACAGCCCAGGAAAGCGCCUCAAUGAAGGCAGGCAAAAGAAAGCUGUGCUUUUGCGACCUCCCAGGCAGGAUGAGAAAGAAAGGCUCCUAACUGGUGCCAACACAUUGUGCCCUGGGUACACUGGGGAGCACAGCCUGGAGCCUGGCUCCCUUGGAGGGAAACCACCUCCACCAGAAGAGACUCCGACAGGCCACCAGCACCCAGCUGGGAGCACAGCCCUGAGUAACAGCUCUAGGAGAAAGGGACCCAGCCUGAAACACACCUCUUUGGCCAUGAAGGCCUUUCUCCAGCCAGGAGAAAGACGAAGGGAGUGAUGCGGCAGAGCUGCGUGCCU